AUGGAAAGAAGAAAUGCUCCACGGGCCCAAGCUGAGAACUCCGAAUCAACUGCAAUAUCCAAACAUGACCAUGGGUGGCGUCGGGUUAUUCGGAAUUUUACCCCAGCCAAUGUUGAAGAUAUCAAUACUCACAGAUAUGCAAGUUGGUUUUCUGUGAAUAUGGGAACUGGAAUCGUCUCUAUUUUGCUCAACACUCUACCCUACAACGGACGAUGGCUACAUGAUGUUUCUGUCGUCAUUUUUAUUCUGAAUGUAGUUUAUUUCACAAUAUCCCUAGCGAUCACGCUGCUACGCUACAUUCUCUACCCGGAGAUCUUCAGAGUCAUGAUAGCUCACCCAGUGCAAUCAUUGUUCUUGGGAACUUUUCCGAUGGGGCUCGCGACAAUUAUCAACAUGUUCUGCUUCGUCUGCGUGCCUGCGUGGGGAGAUCGAGCUGCUUAUUUCAUUUGGGCAGUUUGGAUCUUUGACGCAAUUGUGUCGGUGUUGGUGGCUAUCGGUAUCCCAUUUUUGCUAACAACGAGCAAGAACGAAAUCGACCUUUCUUCAAUGACUGCCGCUUGGCUUCUACCUGUUGUUUCUUGCAUUGUCGCAGCUGCCUCGGGGGCCAUCGUGGCGGAUGUCUUGCCCGAUGCACAACUAGCUCUCGCUACCAUCCUUGCCAGUUAUGUUCUCUGGGGAAUGGGUGUUCCUCUAGCACUAAUGAUUAUCUGCAUAUAUCUGCAGCGCCUGAUGUUCUACAAGUUACCGCCCAAGGCAUUGCUUGUAAGCGUCUUUCUCCCUCUGGGUCCGCUGGGCCAGGGUGGUUUCGGUAUCCAAAAACUUGGCAAAUCUGCGCAAACGAUCUUCCCCCAGACGAACACUCUUAGCACCUCAACUGGUGAAAUAUUAUAUGGUAUGGGGUUCUUGAUUGGAAUCUUGCUGUGGGCAUUUGGGAUCGUCUGGCUUUCUUUCGCCGUGGCGACACUAGUCAAGGCGAGGACAUUUCCUUUUAACAUGGGCUGGUGGGCGUUGACCUUCCCCCUGGGAGUUUUCACCACCUGUACGUGUACAAUGGGUCAGGAGCUUCCCUCCCGUUUUUUUGCCGUUCUUGGAACAAUAUUCUCGGUUGUGAUCGUGUUGUUAUGGUUUCUGGUCAGCUUCCACACGUUUCGCGGCAUCAUCCGAGGCGAUAUAUUCGUUGCACCAUGCCUUAAAGACCUGGGGAGCGCAAAAGCCCGAUCAGGUGAAAAUGUUUGA